GUGGUUACACUGAAACCUUUAUAAGCCUCUGGAGAGCAAACAGUUGCCAGACAGUUCUCUAAAGCAACUCCGUGAUAAGGAAGCAACCAACAAGCAUCUUGAAUUUAAGCGCCUGUUUGACAUCUCACUAGCAGAGGACAACUAUGCCAGUUAUAGGUGACAUGGUGACUUCACCAAUGGAUUCAGAGGUGUACGACUACGACUCCAGCUUCACCCCUACGGUUGGUGAGGAUGGUCUGGAUGACUUUAUGUGUGACAAAUCUGCCGUUAGGGCUUUCAGAGGCCAGUAUGAACCGCCUCUCUACUGGUCCAUCGUCAUCCUGGGAGGCCUGGGUAACCUGACCGUGGUGUGGAUCUACCUGCACUUCCGCCAGCGUCUCAAGACCAUGACCGAUGUCUACCUGUUGAACCUAGCUGUGGCCGACCUCUUCUUCUUGGGCACUCUACCCUUAUGGGCCGUGGAGGCCAACCAGGGAUGGAGCUUCGGCUUGGGCCUCUGCAAGGUCACCUCUGCCUUCUACAAGAUCAACUUCUUCAGCAGCAUGCUGCUGCUCACCUGCAUCAGUGUCGAUCGCUACGUGGUCAUCGUCCAGACCACCAUGGCCCAGAAUUCCAAGAGGCAGCGGCUGAGCUGCAGCAAGUUCGUGUGUGCCUGCGUCUGGCUCCUGGCCGUGUUGUUGGCCCUGCCCGAGUUCAUGUUCGCCAACGUCAAGGAGCUGGAUGGCCGGUUCUACUGCACCAUGGUCUACUGGAGUAACCAGAACAACCACACCAAGAUCCUGGUCCUGGGGCUUCAGAUCUGCAUGGGCUUCUGCCUGCCCCUCCUGGUGAUGGUGUUCUGCUACGCCGGCAUCAUCCGCACCCUGCUCAAAACCCGCAACUUCAAGAAGCACAAGGCGCUGCGCGUGAUCAUGGUGGUGGUGGCUGUGUUUGUCCUCUCCCAGUUGCCAUAUAACAGCGUGCUGGUGGUGGAGGCCACCAAGGCGGUCAACAGCACCGGAAUGGACUGCGAUGCGGAAAAGCGUUUCGAUGUGGCCGGCCAGGUACUGAAGAGCCUGGCCUACAUGCAUGCCUGCCUCAACCCCUUCCUGUAUGUAUUUGUGGGCGAACGCUUCCGCAGAGACGUCCUCAAGCUUAUCCGCAUCUACCACUGCUGGCCGGCCCAGGGGAUACUCAGCAAGAUCCAGGGAGGACCUGGCCGCUCAUCGGUCAUGUCCGACACGGACACCACACAGGCACUCUCGCUUUGAAGGCACAGUCAUAGUACAACCUUUUGCGUGCGACCAGAAGUCCCUCAUAACAAUCGAGGGGCUGUGCAACCACGCUCUGUUCCACAAUGCCAUGUCUGGUAACGGAAAGGUCUGGUAACAGAAAGGUCUGGUAACGGAAAGACAAACCAAUAUGGUUAACAGUCCCAGUGAGAGAGGUUGUACUCUCAUCGUCGCCGCCCCCCCCGCCUCCCCCGGUUGCCCACUCUUGCAUCAGACAUAGCUGAGGCUGAGGCAGUGACAUGGGGAGAAGAGGUCCCUUUCUGAGAGCUGGAGAAACUCUUGGCUCUUGUGUACGUUGCUGAAAGCAUUGGUCAUGAUAGGACUCUUCUUUGGCUGGUCUAAAGACCUUCUCAGUUUUAGCUGAUGACCACAAAGGAUGGACAGUCGAAGUCUGGUUGAGGGUUUGUGUUUGACGAUUCCAGUGAUGGGAAAAGAGCUAACCAUGACAGCAUUGGGCCUGUACUGGUACAAUGCAUUUUCAUUGGUCUUUAUGGUUCUGUAAAGUCAGCCAGGCUGUUUUGUGCCUUGUUAUUGUUGCAUUUGUUUAAAAAGUAUAGAGAUGGGAAAGAGAGAACACGUCUUUUCUUUACAAUGAUGGUUUCUGUGACAGAAUCACCACUGUGGGUUAUCUCCAUUGUGGGCAAGUGCGCCCUCUAUCCAUCUCUAUAUUGUAAAGUUAAUUGGCAAUAUUAACUAAUAUUGAUAUUAGUUCAUCAAUCUCUUUGGUCGGACCGUAUCAAUGAGCUGAUCAAUUAUUUGAGACACUUUCUAAGUAGGAAAGCCCUUAUUUGUGAUGAGUAUGUUUAGCUUUCACAGUGCGAGUGAACAAGUGUCAUAAACAAAAACGUUGUAUAAAAUAUAUUUGAUCGUGACUGUAAUUACUGUAAAUAAACAAUGCAUUAAAAAAAAAAGAUAUAUUUUUAGGUCACUGUUAUUGAAUUUUCCAAAUUUGGUUACGAUUUCCUUCGACUACAUAUCCAUGUUUUAAAUUGUGUAUAAUUGUAUGUUCUGUAUUGAUCUCAGGACACAUUUGCAAAUGAGACUUAGGUCUCAAUGUGAAUUUUCCUUAGUUAAAAAAAAAAAGCGCUACAAGAUAUGCUAUGGAUAUAUUUCGUUAACCUGUAAUAAUGCAGUUGCACAUCUAUUAGCGUCUCGUGUACGUGUUAUAACAGGUCCUAACUGAAUUAUUACAUGUUAAUGAAAUAUAUCAAUAGCAUAUCUUAUAGUGCAUUCUUUUUAUUUAACC